UUGUUUAUGUUGUUCAGCUAGUGUAUCAUUUUCACACACACAAACACACACACACACAAACAGCUAAAGAUUAACAUCCCUUUCGUAAUUUUCAACAAAACCACCAGUCAAACCCGGCCUGUUUACACUGGACCCACGAGUCCAACAGACAACAUCUUGACAUCGUGAGAGAGACGAGACUCUUACGAACGCCGCGCUGUACUUUUGAUGCGUGUGCGGUUUAGGCGUGUGAGCUUCAGGGCAGUUUAUAAAAGUGGUACCGCCGGCUCUCCGACAGGAAAGCGUGGUCCGAUUUAACAUGGAGUUCAAUGGAGCAGCCGCUUGGAGUUCAUGACGCGUUCAGGCUCACAGAAGCAAAUCUGUGAGUCCGUUGGAUUUCACGGACGCAUGUCUACGACCGCAAGAACGUUCCCUACGUUCUGACCGGACGUGGUGCGCGAGGAGGGAACAUUGAGGAAGUUAAGACACUUUGUUUGGAACAAUUACGGCGUAUUGGUCCGGCUCCUCUGCACUCUAGCUCUGAACAUUCCGUUGAAUGCACUUUGCUGCCUCCAUGGCGAUGGAUGAUGUCAUCCCCCUGUGAUGUCAUCAAGUGAGUGAGCUUUGAUCUGUCCCUAGAGAGGAAGCUAUAUGUAGAGCCAGCUGAAAGGGAGAUGUUACAUUGCUUCUAUUGGAUUUACCUCUUCACUACGUCGGAUUUACUGAAAACAUGAAUUUGUAUCGCACAACCCAUCCUAUUGUCUCCAUCAGACCACCAGUCUUUUAUGGAGACAAGAGUUUCAUGGAGACCAUGUUUGGCCCUGAAGACCCUCCAGUAACUCCCCCAGAAGAAGAUUACCAAGAGUACCACAGCAAAAGGAUUUCAACUUUAAAGGACUGGACGAGAAAAUAUAUACGUAAGUCCAAAAUAACACAGCUCCACUCGUCCCAUAGAGUUCUGGGUCAAAGGUUUUGUGAAGUGUUGGACAAAUACAAAAUGUUGCAGGAGCAACUCCAAGAUGUGACUUCCAAUAACCUGGUCCUGGAGGAUAAAAACAGGGUCCUGAAAAUGACCCAAAUUCAACAGCUGAAGGAUGAAAUAAAGGUCCUGGAGGAGCAGAAACAGAUCCAGGAGACCGAAGUCCAACAACUGAAGAACGAAAACAAGGUCCUGGAGAAGACAAAACAGAUCCAGGAGACCGAAGUCCAACAGUUGAAGGAUGAAAAACAAGUCCUGGAGGAGCAGAAACAGAUCCAGGAGACCGAAGUCCAACAACUGAAGCACAAAAACAAGGUCCUGGAGGAGCUGAAUCUGAUCCUGGAGACCGAUGUCCAACAGUUGAAGGAUGAAAUAAAGGUCUUGGAGGAGCAGAAACAGAUCCAGGAGACCAGAGUCCAACAGUUGAAGGACGAAAAACAAGUCCUGGAGGAGACAAAACUGAUCCCGGGGACCAAAGUCCAACAAUUGAAGGAUGAAAUAAAGGUCCUGGAGGAGCAGAAACAGAUCCAGGAGACCGAAGUCCAACAACUGAAGAACAAAAACAAAGUCCUGGAGAAGACAAAACGGAUCCAGGAGACCGAAAUCCAACAGUUGAAGGAUGAAAAACAAGUCCUGGAGGAGACAAAACUGAUCCCGGGGAUCAAAGUCCAACAGUUGAAGGAUGAAAUAAUGGUCCUGGAGGAGCAGAAACAGAUCCAGGAGACCGAAGUCCAACAGUUGAAGGACGAAAAACAAGUCCUGGAGGAGCAGAAACUGAUCCCGGAGACCGAAGUCCAACAGUUGAAGGAUGAAAUAAAGGUCCCGGAGGAGCAGCAACAGAUCCAGGAGACCGAAGUCCAACAACUGAAGAACAAAAACAAGGUCCUGGAGAAGACAAAACGGAUCCAGGAGACCGAAAUCCAACAGUUGAGGGAUGAAAAACAAGUCCUGGAGGAGACAAAACUGAUCCCGGGGACCAAAGUCCAACAGUUGAAGGAUGAAAUAAAGGUAACGGAGGAGCAGCAACAGAUCCAGAAGACCGAAGUCCAACAACUGAAAAACAAAAACAAGGUCCUGGAGAAGACAAAACGGAUCCAGGAGACCGAAAUCCAACAGUUGAAGGAUGAAAAACAAGUCCUGGAGGAGACAAAACUGAUCCCGGGGAUCAAAGUCCAACAGUUAAAGGAUGAAAUAAUGGUCCUGGAGGAGCAGAAACAGAUCCAGGAGACCGAAGUCCAACAGUUGAAGGACGAAAAACAAGUCCUGGAGGAGCAGAAACUGAUCCCGGAGACCGAAGUCCAACAGUUGAAGGAUGAAAUAAAGGUCCCGGAGGAGCAGAAACAGAUCCAGGAGACCGAAGUCCAACAACUGAAGAACAAAAACAAGGUCCUGGAGAAGACAAAAUGGAUCCAGGAGACCGAAAUCCAAAAAUUGAAGAACAAAAACAAGGUCCUAGAGGAGACCAAACCGAUGCCGGAGACUGAAAUUCAACAGUGGAAGGACGAAAUAAAGCUCCUGGAAGACAUCUGUCUGAAGAUGAAAAAGAAGAGGAGAGUCUUUGGCAGGAUGGGGGACAGAGAGUUCGAGCUGGACAGGAUGAAAAGAAAAAUGCAGAAUACGAAUUAGGGUUUCUUCAAGGGUAUAUUCCAGAGGGCGGCGGCGUGCGACGACGGCCACACCGAACCCGUCCUUCAUUCGUCAGUGUUUCCGCCCCCCUGAAAUCUCUGCCCGCCACCCUGUAAUUGUCUCUAUGGUGCCAGAUUACAGCAGGAGUAAUUUAAGGUCCUUUUCGCCGGCUCCAGUUCCCCGUGUCCCGUCGCCGGCUCAAGUUCCCCGUGACCCGGCGGCGGUUCCAGUUCCCCGUGUCCCAUCGCCGGCUCAAGUUCCCCGUGUCCCGUCGGCGGUUCCAGUUCCCCGUGUCCCGUCGCCGGCUCCAGAUCCCGGUGACCCGGCGGCGGUUACAGGUCGCCGUGUCCCGUCGGCGGUUCCAAUUCCCCGUGUCCCGUCGCCGGCUCAAGUUCCCCGUGUCCCGUCGGCGGUUCCAAUUCCCCGUGUCCCGUCGCCAGCUCCAGGUCCCGGUGACCCGGCAGCGGUUACAGGUCCCCGUGUCCCGUCGCCGGCUCCAGUUCCCCGUAUCCCGUCGCCGGCUCCAGUU